GGAGGGGAGCGGCGGCCCGAUGGGGCGGCCGGCCGGCAGCCUGGCCCCGCUCCGGCUGCUGCUGCUCCUGGCGCUGGGGCACGCCUGGACCUACCGGGAGGAGCCGCAGGACGGCGACAGGGAGGUUUGCUCCGAGAACAAAAUCGCCACCACCCGCUACCCCUGCCUGAAGCCCACGGGCGAGCUCACCACCUGCUUCAGGAAAAAGUGCUGUAAGGGUUAUAAGUUUGUUCUUGGACAGUGCAUCCCUGAAGACUAUGAUGUCUGCGCUGAAGCUCCCUGCGAACAGCAGUGCACGGAUAAUUUUGGGCGAGUCUUAUGCACCUGCUAUCCUGGGUACCGCUAUGAUCGGGAGAGGCACAGGAACAGAGAGAAGCCUUAUUGCCUGGAUAUCGAUGAGUGUGCCACGAGCAAUGGGACUCUGUGCUCUCAGAUCUGUGUCAACACCUUGGGCAGCUACAGGUGCGAGUGUCACGAGGGCUAUAUCCGGGAGGAGGAUGGGAAGACCUGCACCAAAGGAGAUAAAGCUGGGCUUCCAGAGAAAUCUGAAAAUAUGGCGAAGCCAGGUACAUGCUGUGCCUCUUGUAAGGAAUUUCAUCAAAUAAAGCAGACGGUUUUACAGCUGAAGCAAAAGGUUGCUUUGCUACCAAAUAAUGCUGCUGAUCUUAGCAAGCAAAUCACUGGUGAAAAAGUGCUUGCAUCUAAUGCAUAUAUCCCUGGCCCCCCAGGACAGCCUGGCCAACAAGGCCCUCCAGGGGCUCCAGGACCAAAAGGGAGUCAAGGAGUUCCUGGGUUACCUGGACCUCCUGGACAGCCAGGCCCUCGUGGAUCCAUGGGACCUAUGGGUCCAUCUCCAGACAUAUCACAUAUUAAGCAGGGCAGACGGGGCCCCGUGGGCCCACCUGGAGCCCCAGGGAGAGAUGGCAGCAAGGGGGAGCGAGGUGCACCAGGACCAAAGGGGAUACCUGGCCCACCAGGUUCAUUUGAUUUCCUAUUGCUGAUGAUGGCAGACAUCAGAAAUGACAUCGCUGAGCUGCAAGAGAGAGUGUUUGGACACAGGACUCAUUCAUCAACAGAGGAAUUUCCAUUACCUCAGGAAUUUACAAACUAUCAUGACACAGUAGAUUUUGGAUCUGGAGAAGACUACAAACCACGGGCAGCACCCAGAAACUCCAGGAUACAGAAGGCAGACCAUCCUUAGCUAUGCCCACUGAAAAAUAAAGCCCUUUAGAAUUCUUCAAUAUAAAAGAUGCACUGACAAUGUAAUAUAUAUAUAUAUAUAUUAUUUCCCAGUUUUCUAUCUGCUUUUUCUGAACCAUGCUGCCUGUACUGUAGCUUUCCUGGUUCAUGGUAGCCUCCUUGCAGUAAUUCCGUACCGUCAAGCCUGCACUGUGCAUUGUACCUAUACUAUCAAGAAAACCUCCUUAGUAUAUAGUUUAACUAAGGCAUGCUCUAGCUAAUAAUGCAGACCACAGCAUUCCACCUGCCUACCUUGCAUUCUAUUUCCAAAUGACCCAGUACUCAUAUCUUGCCAGGGACAGAGGGGUAGCUGAACAUCAUCCCUGAAUGAUGUCAGUAAUGAAAACCUUGGUCCAGAGUUACUUUAUAAAUGCAAAUAUAUUAUACCACUGAAGUCAGGUUUCCAGCUACUGUCCCCAGGCUUAGGAAAGUGUGAGAAGUGGAUCCCUGUUUCACAGCAGAGGAUAUCUGUAAGUGAGAUAUUGUCCUCUAUUAUGCCCCAUCGUGGCAGAAAAAGGCAAAAAAUUAUGGUGAAGCAGUGAUACAAGGGUGCUGCUGCUUGAUCUGGAAAUUAUUAGGCUUUGAGUUGCUAGACUGUCAUUCAAAGACAGUAAAAAGAUGUUCGUCCUAAACUAACACUACUUCUUCCUCACCAUUGUCCCACUGCUCAGUGUGAAGGCCAGUUUCCUUUCUCAACAGAUUCAUGCUGAAUACGCUACACAAAGAUGAGCAAGAUAAAAGGGGAUGUUUAAAACAGGAAAACCAAUCAUAAGUGAAUCAGGCAGGCUUACUGGCAAGCACGAAAUCAAUCCCAGCCUUGCAGAAAGAGUCAGAUUCUGACCUCCUGCAGGUUCAUGUCUUCCUUGGUGAAAUUCUGAAGUGUGAGUGAUGUCGACAUCAGAGAGAGGCCUCAUGUUUGCAAAGAGCUUCCAUGUGUUUUGUUCCUCUGUUGCAUGAGAUCAACCUAAACGGCUUUCACCAAAUGGGAACACAGAAUGGCAGCGUACUUGGCUGGGUAUAUGGAGGAGUAUGAAUUGGUGCAGGAGUCCACAUGACAAAACAUUUCAACUUGGUACGAGGAUGGCUAAGUGAGGUACUGCGCAUGGGAUCCUGUAUUUGUGAAUGGGGAUAAAAGGGAGUGCCCUUUAUUUACACUGGAAAAUUGGAUGCACAAAUUAAAACAUACCUCAUGGAUGAUGUAUGUUACCAUUUCUUUUGGAUUACCACAGCUGCUGAGGACUUUGCCAUGCUUGGAAUACAAAGCAAAUAUCUUAAGCACAAAAUUUCAGUGUUGUAUCUGUGUAGCUGCUACUUCUACAGUGUGUUUAGUGCUCAGUGGUGUCCGUGUUACAAAUGCAAAGGAAAUCUUGUUAUUUUGCCAUGUUUUUCAGGGCUUGCAUGUUCUAAGAGAAUAAAUACAGAUAAAAGUAUAAGCAGGGCCUUUUCAGAUAACACAUAAAGGUUUGGAUUCCCUUCCAUGUUCUCUGGGCCAAAAGAUAGUUGGCAUAAUCCUGACACCACCAGUACAGGUCAUGCUGUGUAAACAGUUGGCUCUCUAGACCUUUCAUGUCUAUUGUGUAUCGUCUUAAGAGAAUGUAUUCAUUCCUGUAGUUGUUUCUCAGCUUCUCACUAUCACUAAGCCAUAAGCAAGGGCAUUAACUUUUAAGAACAUAAAUAUUCUGUACUCCUCUUCAUGUUAUGUCUGUAUCAGUAUUUACAAACCAAUGCCUGAGUCACAGGGAUAGCUGAAAAAAAAGAUAGUGGUCUUACCCUUGGUCCUUGGGCUUCUCCUCUGUCUGGGAGGAGCUCUGCCAGCAGCUGCAGAUCCAAGUAGACUUGUGAACCACAUCAUAGGGGAGACUUGAGGAAGGAACUUGUUGCCAAAAGAGGGAUGGUCUUAUAUGCAGCAGAAUGAAAGAAACCUCAAAGACAGUAUAAACUGAGGCUUUU